AUGGCCGCUGGUAUCAAGUACAUAUUUCAGAAAGAUAUUUUCGACGCCCUAGAUGAACGCAUCGUAUCGGUGUGCAAUGUGAGCAAAUUGCUAAAGAAGAAAAAAACAUCGUACUUGUGCAUCGUAACCACAAGCAAACCUACGGUGGUGGUCAGCGUCUGCCAGGUAAAACAGUACGACAAAGGGGUGUACAAAAAGAAACGCAGCUGGUCGCUGGAGGAUGUAAAGUGCAUCGACGGCCGCAACGAUGCACCGGAUACGCAUGAUUUCGACAUGAUUCUUGAGAAACCGUACCGCUGGUUUGCGACCAACUUGCACGAGCGACAGAACUUCAUCACCGUGCUCUGGAAACAGAUCAACAAACACUGCGCCGUGGGCGAACGGGCCGUAUUCAAGAAUGUCCCCAAACAGUGGCUAACGGACGGUUCCCCCGAAAAGCAGGCUAUCACUGGAAAGUACGGCGGUCACCAUGGGACCGAAGCAGAGACCAAUGACGAUGAUUUGGAAGCAAUGGAAAAUGAGGACUUUCACGCGCUCACUGAAAAGGAGGAGAUCAAUUUGAACAAGCUCAUUUCGGAAUGCGACUACGCCAUCAGCAACGCUGAGCUGUUCAUGGAAGACUUAGGCCUCAAUUUGCUGCAGCUGGACGGUGCCAACAUCCAGAGCGUGCUGGCCUCAGAAAAGCAGGUUCAGGUUCUGAUGGAGCGGAUCGAGGAAGCGAUUAGUGAGGCGGAAAAGGUGGAGCAGCGACUGGACAACUACGACGAAAUCCUUUGCCACGUGCGCGACACGAUGGAAAAGAUGGGAGAGAAGAAUCAAAUGAUCGAGAUUGCGAACGUUAACAACGUUCGGCUUUUGCAGGAGCUCGAAAAGGUCGUAUCUCAACUGGAUCUUCCACACGCGCAUCAGCUUGCGCUCACGGACACCGAUUUGACGCCGAAAGGCCUGCCUGCGGCAAUUGCGGCAGCAAAAGCUCUCCAAAUGGCCAUGAACAGUGACAUAGAUCCGGCACUUUUACGGUUGACGGCCGUGCAAGAUCAACGCAAGCGUUUCGAAAAGUGGAAAGCAAAGUUUUCGCAAACAAUAAGUCGCCAUCUGAACAACCUGUUCAUUCAUCUGGGUAAUUUGGGCGAUUCGCACGACACUUCCGUUAAAGAACUCACGCUUCCAAAGCACUAUCAUGUCCACAAGGAGCUGUCCACCUUGAUGGAGUUGAUGCAUUGGAUGAAAACGAUGGAUCGAAAAGCGUACGACGCACUGAUCAAAGUGUACACGGCGUCUUUGAGCAAAGUUUACGAUCGCGAUAUUCGCACAUUUUUCGAAAACGCCAAGCAGGCCCUAUCCGAGAAGCGGUUCAACUCACGGGAAGACGUUAACAACAGUUCAAUGAGCAAUAAACUUAAAUUAGGUCAGCAAUCGACUAAGCAAGCGGCCCAGCCGUACGGUAUACUAGGGAUCAACAAGGAGCUCUGGACUCCUGGAGCAGAACCUGCAGAGCGGCAACGGUUCGACUGUAUUCUGGAGAAAGUGCUUGCCGAACUCGAACCGGUAGCGUUGAGCGAGCAACAUUUCUGUAUCGCCUUCUUUCAACUGGACGUCAUCAGUCCGACCGGAAAGAACACCCAAACAACGCUAGAGGCCGGAAACGGCGGCGAAACGCUCGUUUCCGGACAAAAGGACGAACGCGACUCGGCAGUUCAAAUCCCCCAGAGGCGACUCGAUCGUCAAAUCAACGAAGACGUGCGGAAAAUGAUGGGCGAACUUUUCAGCAGCCUCGAGUCGGAACUGAACAGUUUCAUCUUGAGCUUCGAAAAGCUGGACAGCUACUAUUCUCUGUACGUUCUGGUUCGCCUCACUCAACACGUAAUGUCGGCGCAAGACGCGCAUUCGUUCCUGAGCAUGACAUUCGCGUCCGCACUGGUGCAUGUGAAGCGAAGCUUCGAUAAGUUUAUGCAACUGCAGCUGCAAUCCAUUGAAGAGUCCAAAAUUCCGAAACGCUCCAAAUGUGGCCUACUCCCAUACGUUGAGAACUUUGAAGAGUUCGCCGUGACGGCGGAAAGUAUUUUCAAGAAAACUGAGCGUCGAAACGAUCUCGAUAAAUGGUAUCUUAAACUGGCCGAGGCGAUCUUUGAACGCAUUUCCUUGCAAGCCGUGGAGCAUCCAAAGACUCCGCAUCAGGUGGUGAAAAUGGAAAACUAUCAUCGUAUGCAUUCAACGCUUUCCCAGUUGAAAGUUCAUGUGCUGGAAAAUUUGCGAAAGGAAGCCAAAGCGCGCUACAACGAUGCACAAAGAGCGUACGUGACGAAGUACUUUGGGCGCCCGUUGGAGAAACUGAAUCAAUUUUUCGAGGGUGUUCAAGUGCGCGUUCAACAGGGCGUGAAAGACACGGAGAUCAGCUACCAGAUGGCGUACUCGAAGCAGGAACUGCGCAAAGUUAUUAGCCUCUAUCCGGCGCGAGAAGUAAAGAAGGGACUCGAGCAACUGUACCGGAAGGUGGAGAAGCAUCUUUGCGAGGAAGAAAACCUCCUACAAGUCGUGUGGCGAGCGAUGCAGCAAGAGUUCAUCACGCAGUACAACUCUCUGGAGCAGUGGAUUCAGCGAUGUUACGCUGGCUCGAUGAUAACCCUCGAGUUUACCAUCAAAGAUAUCUUAGACUUUUUCUCCGAAAUUGCACAAUCGCAUUGAAUCGUGCCCUUUCAUCCCCGUUAAAUAAACCGAUGCAUACAG